AAGAAAAAUAAGAAAUACGCAAUGCCACUCACAGAGAAGCUAAUUACCACUUCGAUGGCGGUGUCUUCGUCGACCCUACUCCCAUGCCAUCAGAUAUCCCUCACGUCGACGAGGUCGGCGCUACCUCCGCUCCCUUGCUCUCCGCGUCCUUUUUCAUCGGCGCGCGAUGCCAACCAUACAGUGACGAUUACAUGCUCUGUAAGCAGGAGGCUGGAGGAAAGGGAGCUGCGCCUUGCUUGAAGGAGGGCCGGAGGGUUACCAGAUGUGCGAUUUCCGUGUUGGAGGAUAUGAACAAGUCCUGCGCUGAGGUGUUCAAGACUCACUACGAGUGUCUUGAGAAGCAGAACCACGAGCUCUACGCAUGCAGACCUGCGGAGAGGGCUUUGAACAAGUGUGUUUUUGACAACCUGAAACUCGAGAAGAAGGUCCCCGGUUCCGACCUGAAGGACCCUGUGUGGCUCAAGAAGAACCCCGGUUACAAGCCAGACACCGUGGACGCUGAUGGUGUCGCGGCGGCCAAGGCCGCUGGUGUCUAGACAUGAACUGGUUUCGUGGCGGAUACAUUGUACGAAUAAUAUAGCACGUUUUAUUUCAUCUCAAAAUUGGGGAACGCCCUCUUUCCUAUGCCAGAACGCCAAAUAUCAGCAUCUACUGCAAA